AUGGCCCCUACCACUGCCUCCAUCCCCACCAAGGACCAGGUCCUCGUCCCCGAGACCCUCCUGAAGAAGCGCAAGAGCCAGGAGCAGGCUCGCGCUGAGCGCCGUGCUGAGGCCGACAAGAAGAAGCAGGCCAACAAGGAGAAGCGCGCCGUCAUCUUCAAGCGUGCCGAGUCGUACGUCAAGGAGUACCGCGACGCAGAGCGCGAGUCGAUCCGCCUGGCCCGCGCUGCCCGCCAGGAGGGCAACUUCUUCGUCGCUGACGAGCCCAAGCUGGUCUUCGUUGUCCGUAUCAAGGGUAUCAACAAGAUCGCUCCCAAGCCCCGCAAGAUCCUGCAGCUGCUCCGUCUGCUCCAGAUCAACAGCGGUACCUUCGUCCGCCUGACCAAGGCCACCCAGGAGAUGCUGACCAUCGUCAACCCCUACAUCGCCUACGGUUACCCCAACCUGAAGAGCGUGCGCGAGCUGCUCUACAAGCGCGGUUACGGCAAGGUCGACAAGAUGCGCGUCCCCCUGACCGACAACCAGAUGAUCGAGGAGCACCUCGGCAAGUACGGUAUCGUCUGCAUGGAGGAUCUGAUCCACGAGAUCUACACCGUCGGCCCCAACUUCAAGCAGGCCAACAACUUCCUCUGGCCCUUCAAGCUGUCCAACCCUACCGGCGGCUUCCGCACCCGCAAGUUCAAGCACUUCAUCGAGGGUGGUGACACCGGUAACCGCGAGGAGAACAUCAACGCUCUCAUCCGCCAGAUGAACUAG